AUGGUUAUAAAUAAAUGUUACACUUUGUGUCACUGUGCCAUUCUGUGUAACAGGAGCCAAGUCACUGAGGUCUUCGUGAAAAUGAUGAAGCUUGGUCUCAUUCUCGUGAUAGGAUUACCGUAUGUGUUCAGUAUUUGUGAUGAAGGAUGGACGCAGUUCAACGACUAUUGUUUGGCCUUUAGCCCAGACCUUUUAGACUGGUACACAGCCGCGAGCAUGUGCCUGCUUUAUGAUGCUAGGCUUGUACAGAUUGACAGUCAAGCCAAACAAAACUGGAUAGUCGACCAUCUUAAAGCACGAAAAAUCACUUCCGCUUGGGCCGGCGGCUCUAACAGAUAUCAUAAUUCCAUAUGGAAAUGGAUUCCAAGCUUGAAACCACUGAAGAACUUCGAAUACUGGACCCCAAAAGAGCCUAACAAUGCUCCGGGUGAGAACCCGACAAACCCUGUAAAUGCCGAACAGUGUCUGGAAAUCGGGGGACCCCAAAACUACCACUGGAACGACAGAUGGUGUGGAAUCAAACAUAAUUUUAUUUGCGAGAAAAAGGCGAAAUGA